UUGCAAAAUACUUGUGAAAGACCGGUGUGGUGUACGUAUUCAGGAAUGAAGAAAAGCUUUUGCAUUGAUCAGACUUCGUAGGAGACGGCUUGACGGACGGCAGACGCGACUGUGGCAGAUUUUGGAACUCCGCCUAAUUACGGACACGAUCGCGACGCGUGCCUUCGAAGCUCCUUGUCUCUUUCCUUCACGUUGUUUCUUCGUCAAAAUGUCUACUCCCCAACGCCGAACCAAACGCCGUCGAGAUGCAUCUCCUGCCAUUCCAUCAUCCUCUCCUCCUCAAAGGCCAACUCCAACUCGACGCGAUUCCGACUCCUCGUUACCUCCAUCGUCCCCACCACCACCUUUUUCAGAUACCGAUGACAGUCUGGAUGAGCGUGAUGCGAUUCAGGACGUCGAGGAUGAGCCUUCAGACCAGGAUGGCGAGGAUUUGUUCGGAGAAGAAAUGGAAGAUGACUAUGCAGUUAAUCAAACUCUCGAUCGAUACUCGGAUGCCGACAUCAAUGACGAUGAAAACCUGGAAGAGAUGACUGUCGCACAACGACGCGCCGCGGAAGCGAAAAUGGCGAGACGAGAUCGCAUGGAGCGCAGGGGCGGAAGACGUGCAGCAAAGAGAAGUCUCUACCCCGGGUUUAUGGAGAGCGACGAUGAGGACGACCUCAACGUUGGCGGUGACUUGCUGGCAAACAUGAAAAGGCGCACGAGAAGGCAAUACGACGAGAGAAAGGAUCUGGAUGAUUUGGAUGGCGUUGAAGAUGAAAUACCCUUGGAGCAGCUGAGCGACAUCAAGGCCAAGUCCAUUGCUGAAUGGAUUGCCAAUGAACGAGUGCGACGGUCUAUCGUGCGGCAUUUCAGGCAAUUCUUGAUGACUUAUGUUGAUGACCAUGGUGCAUCAGUCUAUGGUCAACGAAUUCGUACCCUUGGAGAAAACAACUCUGAAUCUCUCGAGGUAUCCUACCUCCAUCUAGCCAUGUCCAAGCCCAUCUUAGCAUACUUCCUCACCAACUCGCCUUCGGCAAUGCUCACUAUCUUCGACGAAGUCGCACUCAAUGCCAUUCUCGUGUACUAUCCCAACUAUGAACGAAUCCACUCCGAGGUGCACGUCCGAAUCACCGACCUUCCUUUGAGCUCUUCGCUCCGGGAUCUACGUCGUUCUAACCUAAAUAACCUCAUUCGUGUCUCGGGCGUUGUCACUCGAAGGACGGGCGUAUUCCCGCAACUCAAAUACGUCAAAUUUGACUGCAGGAAGUGUGGGGCCGUAUUGGGCCCUUUCUACCAGGAUUCAACGAAGGAAGUGAAGAUCAGUUACUGCCCGAAUUGUGAAGGCAGGGGUCCGUUCGACAUCAACUCCCAGCAAACCGUGUACCGUAACUACCAGAAGAUGACCUUGCAAGAAUCGCCUGGCUCAGUACCCCCCGGUCGUUUGCCGAGACACAGGGAGGUGGUCCUGCUCUGGGACUUGAUUGACUCUGCCAAGCCCGGUGAAGAAAUCGAAAUCACGGGCGUUUAUCGUAAUAAUUUCGAUGCCUCACUCAACGCGAAGAACGGGUUCCCCGUGUUUUCGACAAUCAUCGAAGCUAACCAUGUUAACAAGAAAGAGGACCAAUUCGCCGCAUUCAGACUGACUGAAGAAGAUGAGAAGGAAAUUCGCAUGCUCGCACGGGACGCACGUAUCCGCAAACGCAUUGUCAAAUCUAUUGCACCCUCCAUCUAUGGCCACGAAGAUAUCAAGACCGCCAUUGCACUCUCGCUCUUCGGUGGUGUACCGAAGGACAUCAACAGGAAACUUCGCAUUCGUGGUGAUAUCAACAUACUUUUGCUUGGUGACCCUGGCACAGCCAAGUCCCAGUUCCUCAAGUACGUCGAGAAGACUGCUCAUCGGUCUGUCUUCGCAACUGGCCAAGGAGCUUCUGCUGUCGGCCUCACAGCUAGUGUCCGCAAGGAUCCUGUUACGCGUGAGUGGACGCUCGAGGGUGGUGCUUUAGUACUCGCAGACAAAGGCACAUGCCUCAUCGACGAGUUUGACAAGAUGAACGACUCAGACCGAACAUCUAUUCACGAAGCUAUGGAACAACAAUCCAUCUCCAUAUCGAAGGCGGGUAUCGUGACAACGUUGCAAGCUCGUUGUGCCAUCAUCGCUGCAGCCAAUCCAAUUCGUGGACGAUACAAUCCUACGAUUCCCUUCCAGCAGAACGUUGAAUUGACAGAACCGAUUCUGUCUCGAUUUGAUGUCCUGUGUGUGGUGAAGGAUAAUGUGGACCCUGUGCAAGAUGAGUUGCUCGCGAAGUUUGUUGUCGGUAGCCAUUUGAGGAGCCAUCCCAAAUUUGAUGCGGAGAGGGAUGAGAUCCAGGUCUCUACUACCCUCGAUGAGGAUAUCAUUCCUCAAGAUAUGCUUCGCAAGUACAUCAUGUACGCUCGCGACAAAAUCCGACCAAAACUCUUCGAUCUCGAUCAGGAGAAAUUGUCGAGGCUUUACGCGGACUUGAGACGAGAGUCCCUUGCAACUGGUUCAGUCCCUAUCACUGUCCGUCAUUUGGAGAGUAUGAUCCGUAUGGCGGAGGCGAGUGCGAAGAUGGCGUUGAGGGAGUAUGUGAGAGCGGAUGAUAUCGACUUGGCCAUUUCCGUGGCUGUGGGUAGCUUCGUCAGUGCUCAGAAGAUGUCUAUCAAGAGAACGUUGGAGAGAGGAUUCCGAAAGUAUCUCGCUCAGGCACGAGAUCACGAGGAGCUCUUGGCUUACCUCCUGGGCCAAAUCGUCAAGGAGAAGGCCAGGUUGUACCAACUUCAAAGAUACCAACAACCAGAAAAGGUUUCUGUCAAAGUGUCAGAGUUAGACGAACGUGCAAAAGAACACGAUAUCUACGACACUGCACCGUUCUUGCGUUCGAAACUCUUUAUUGCUAAUGGGUACAAGCUUCAAGACGGCGUUAUCGAGAAAACGUUCAGACAGGGCUGAAGUGAUUUAGACCGGCGACCAAGCGUAAUGGUAUGAAGAUGGGUUAUUUACUUUAUGAUCUCCUGCUUGAGUUCUGCUUUGUAUUGACAUACCCCGUGUACUAUAUUGAAAAUGAUAUCAUGCGCCAAUGC